AUGAAUCCGGAUACUGUAUUACGAAUUGGUAAAGUAUUUGAAACUCCAUAUGGAGGUGACGGAGUUGAUUUUGUGGAUCAAUUAAAUUAUCAAUUUACUGGUGGAUUGUUGAUUAUUUUUAUAGCUGUAAUUGGAGUAAGACAGUAUGUUGGUAAACCCAUUCAAUGUUGGGUGCCACAAGAGUUCACACAUUCUUGGGAAGAAUAUGCAGAAAAUCUCUGUUGGGUACAGAAUACGUAUUUUCUUCAUCCAAGUGAUCAAGUCCCUGAAGAUGAUUAUGAAUUAACAAAAGUCAGAUAUAUAGGCUACUAUCAGUGGAUAGCAAUAGUAUUAGCUGGACAAGCAAUGUUAUGUUGGGUGCCUCAAAUAUUAUGGCGAGUUGGAUCAAAACGAUUACCCGUUUUACUGCGAUCAGCUAAAGAGGCAUCGGUACCAGACAGAGAACUUAGACAAAAAGCUAUUUCAUGUUUAGUAGCUACAUUAGAAGAGCAAGCUGAAUCAACUGCAAGACAUAGACGAGCAACAAGUACAAUUAAACGAAUAUUAUGUAGCUUUCGACCAAAUACGCGUAUUACUUUUCUGUUUUUUAUAGUUCGUAUUUGUUUUAUCGGUAAUUCAGUUGGCCAAAUUUACCUCAUGAAAAAAUUUAUUGGGACCAAUAGUACAAUGUUUGGUAUGGAUGUUUUAAAUGAUUUAAUUACCGGCCAAGAAUGGGAAACUUCAGGUAAAUUUCCACGUGUGACAUUUUGCACGGUUCGUGUCAGGAAAAUGGGGCAAAUAAAGCCUGCAAGCUAUACUCUUCAAUGUGUAUUGCCAAUUAAUUAUUUUGUGGAAAAAGUAUAUGUCUUUCUAUGGUUCUGGUUUGUGAUUCUUUCAAUUGUCACCAUAUUAAGUACACUUCAAUGGGCUUUCAACACACUUGUACCAGUUAGACGAAUAGCUUAUAUAAAACAAUAUAUUCGAGCUAUUCGACAACUUUCCAAUACUGAAGAAAGAGAUUGUACACGAUUUGUAAAUUAUAAUCUUGGUCCAGAUGGUGUACUAAUAUUACAAGUUGUUUCCAGGGUUUCUAGUGAUUUAAUUGCUUUGGAUGUAACAGCAACAUUAUGGAGUAAUUAUAGACAUGCUAAAAUUACUGGCACUGAAGAAGAUAUCAAUAGAUUUUUGGAGAAUGUUAAUCGAGGAACAAAUGCCGUAUAGUAGUAGCAAGGUCGGGUAAUAAAAAAUAUUAUUUCAAAUAUUAUUCUUACUAUCAUUUCAUUAAAUAACGUGAAUAUAGUAAAUUCAUCUCAAUCCCUACUUUUAUAUUCCUCACCGCUGCUAUAAAUACAUGUUACCCGACCGAAAAUCUUAAAUAAAUCCACUAGAAAUGCUCAUAUAAUUCCAAUUGUUCAAAAAAACUUGACAAAUAAUAUAUCAGAGAAAUUUCACAGAAGAAUGUUCGAAUAUACAGCUAUACCCACACACACACAUACAUACAUACAUGGACACAUAGAUGUGUUUUGUUUACACGCCUUACUCUUCAAUAAAAAUAUAUAUACUGCAUAUAGUCGUUCUACGAGACAAUUAUUUUAGGUUAUGUUUACAUUACUAUUAUUAUUAUUAUUACUAUUAAAAAAAAUCAUACACGAUUAAUUCUAUUCAAUUAUGUGUAAUCAGAAAUUCAGUUUUUUUCUUUAAUAUGUCACUAACACACAACCUUUCUAAUUGAAUUAACCGAAAAUUGACUUCUCUUUUCAAUAUACGUAUAUAUUUAAAGCAACAGAUAGACUGUUUAAUAGUUUUCAAUUUUUAUUAGCAUCUGUAAAAUUAUUCAGAAAGAAAACAGAGGUAAAAACUUCAUUUCACAUUCUAUUCUCGAUUACCCUUUUUUUCUUUUAUACUCCAUUUCUCUUCUUUUAUUUUUUUCCAUUACCCUUAUCUUUAUUUCAAUUAAUAAAAAUAAUCAUUCUUUUUUUGUCUUUGCGAAAUAUUUAAUAAUUUGAUUUUAGUUAUAUUCAUGUUAAAUAAUCAACUUUAGUAGAGAAAAUAAAACAGAAUGAACGAAACAAUUGAAGUUUGUACUGUGUUUUAAUAGUUAAAUGGGAUCAAUUAGAAAUUAAAACAAUAGAACAAAAAUUGUUUAUAUUCAAAGGUUUACUGAUAUUUUAAAGUAGUAUUAAAUGUAGAAAUUAAA